CUUUAUAGACUCAUCCUGUCUAGUUGCUGAACAUGCCUGAACCCGCCAAAUCCGCUCCAGCCCCAAAGAAGGGCUCCAAGAAAGCCGUGACUAAAACCCAGAAGAAGGAUGGCAAGAAGCGUAGGAAGAGCAGGAAAGAGAGCUACGCCAUCUACGUGUACAAAGUGCUCAAGCAGGUGCACCCCGAUACCGGCAUCUCUUCCAAGGCCAUGAGCAUCAUGAACUCCUUUGUUAACGAUGUCUUCGAGCGCAUCGCAGGGGAAGCCUCCCGCCUGGCUCACUACAACAAGCGCUCCACCAUCACCUCCCGGGAGAUCCAGACCGCCGUCCGCCUGCUUUUGCCUGGGGAGCUGGCCAAGCACGCCGUCUCCGAGGGCACCAAGGCCGUCACCAAGUACACCAGCGCCAAGUAAUCUCUCUCUCCCCAUUCCCUGCCCCACAAACCCAAAGGCUCUUUUCAGAGCCACCCACCUCCUCUGUACAAGGGCUGCACCUACUUCCACUUUCAUCCAGAGUCGCUUAGUAUUUACAUUCAACUUUUAUCUAGAAGAUUUACAAACACCCUUCUGUGAAGAGGCUUUAGCGCCACGGCGUUAUAGUUUAACGUCUGAAGCCUUCCUUACUCCGUGCAGUAUUUGCCUAAAAACAGGAUUUGGCUCUUUUCAUAUAGAACAAAAGACCACAACGCUUCUGAAGGUUUUCACUUGAUGGCUUUAGCUCACCGUUGUUUCAGUCCACGCAUUAGAACACAACAGAUGAGGCACCGACAACUCCAAGCCUGCACUUGUGAUCCUUACCAGCGCGGCCCAUUCAGCUUCUUGGGGCAAAGAGAACACGCUGCUGAUUCCACUGAGCCCGCCCAAAAUGAAGAAGCUCCUUUAUAAACCCGUACAGAAUUGGCUAAAUCCAUUGGUAGCCUUUUAAACCAUGACAUGGCCACAGAGUAGUUCCAAGGAAACCAUUUCAAAGCCGCCCCUGCUGCUGGCUGAUGACGUUUUGGAAACUACGCUAGAAGUCAAGGGAGCCCUUCUUCAACCUGCUUGCUCCAUUCCUCUGCCCUGUGUAUGUUUUUCACGUACAUAUUUCUUUGUAACACACAAACACACCAACACACAAACAUGAAUUGGUUCCUCCUUUAGGUUAACCCUUAUCACUGCCUAUUUCUAGGCCCGGAGUUCUAGUUGGAUCAGUUUUGCCAUUAAUCCGCUUUCUGGAGGGCUCCGGUGGAUUUCCUUUGGCGUCAGAUAUGAAGUGGAGUAUAAGCGGGUGGUCUCUACCUGCUCUCUAGUUGUGCUCCAUGUAACACAAUGGUUGUUCACCUUCCAAACACCUUUUCCAAUUUAGUUGUUUUCACAUUGCUCACCAGAAAUAAAGACUUUCUUCAAUUA